AUGCGACCUUAUCUAGGUGAACCUCGCUCGGUCUCCUCCUCCUCGGGCUCCUUCCAGCCGCCGCCGCCGCCGCCGCCGCCGCUGCCGCACGCCGCCGACCGGCAGCCCCUCUUCCCGGGGGGCUCCAGCAGCGGCGGCAGCCGGCGGGGCUCGGGGUCGAGCUCGGGCUCGGCGCGGGCCCGCCGCCCCCGCAGCCCCCGCAGCAGCACCGAGGAGGAGGAGGAGGAGGAAGAGGAGGAGGACAGCAUCAGCAUCAGCAAGCCCCUGGCGGCGGCGGGCGGGCGGCGCUGGGGCUUCCAGGCGCUGUCCCUGGUGCUGCUGCUGGGGCAGGGCGCGCUGCUGGACCUCUACCUGAUCGCCGUCACCGACCUGUACUGGUGCAGCUGGAUCGCCACCGACCUGGUGCUGGCGGCCGGCUGGGGCAUCUUCUUCUGCCGCAACAGCCGGGCGCGCCGCCGGGAGCGGCCCCCGCCGCCCCCGGGGCCGCCGCCGCCGCACCCGCUGCUGCUGCACGGCCCCCCCGGCGGCCGCGGGGCCGGGGUCCGAGGGGCCGGGGUCCCCCCGCGCGGCGGCGACUUCGCUUACGCGCACCUCGCCUGGCUCAUCUACUCCAUCGCCUUCACGCCCAAGGCGGCCCUGAUCCUGGGCACCUCCAUCCUGGAGCUGAUCGAGCUGCGCCUGCCGCUGGGCACCACCGGCUUCCGCAUCACCCUGGCGCUCUCCGCCCCGCUGCUGUACUGCCUGCUGCGGGCCAUCGGCACCGAGGGCGCCGGGCAGCUGCUCCUGCCGCCGCAGCCGCCGCCGCAGCACCGCGCCGCCGCCGCUUUCCUCGCCACCUGCCUCGACCUGCUCGACAGCUUCUCGCUGCUGGAGCUGGUGCUGCAGCCCGGGCGGCCGGCGCCGCUCCCCGCGCCGCUGCGCUACCUCCUAAUCGCCGUCUACUUCCUCUGCCUGGCCUCGCCGGUCCUGUGGCUCUACGAGCUCAGCGCCGCCCGGCCUCCCGGCGCCGGCCGCCUCGCCCUCCACCUCCUGCUGCCCGCCGGGCUGCUGGACGCCCCGCUCCUGGCGCUCCGCUGCCUGCUGCUCCUGCGCUACCAGCAGCCGCUCUCCCUCUUCAUGCUCAAGAACCUCUUCUUCCUGGCCUGCCGCGGCCUGGAGGCGCUGGAGACCUGCUGCCUUCUCCGCCCCGCCGCCCCGCCGCCCGCCAAGUACGGCCCCGCCGCCGCAGCGCCCGCCGCCGCAGCCCCGCUGGCCCACGGGCUCUCCGACGCCGACGUGGGCCCCCACGGGUACGUGAACGCCUUGGCGGUCACCGCCCAGGGCUGA